AUGGAGGAGAUGGUUAGAGUGAGGCUGAGAAGAGUGAGGCUAAGAAAAGUCAUUCGGGAUCGCAGCAAUCCAUUUGAAGACCUUGCUGAGGAAGAAUUCCUCCAACGAUUCAGACUGACCAAGGAGUGUGUGCUCUGUUGCAAAACAUCAGAGGACACCUUCCCAUUGCUGCAGAUGCAAGAGCAUCUGCAACUCCUUAUAACACUGAGAUGUAUGGCCACUGGUGGACACCAACUUACAAUCAGUGACUGCUACCAAGUCUCUCAGACAAGUAUUAGCAGGUGUAUCAGGACAGUGACGCCCAUUAUUGCUCAGAUGGCAAAGGACUAUGUGAAGAUGCCAACAGGUAUGAAUGCAAUAAGAGUAAUGGAAGGGUUUUUGGAGAUUGCCAGAAUGCCAGGAAUUGUUGGUGCUAUCGACUGCACAACCCACAUUCACAUUCUGCGACCAGCUUGUGAGAAUCCAGAACUGUACCACAAUAGAAAAGACGAUGCAGAUUCGGAUGAUUCAAAUGCAGAUGAUCAUGGUGUUGACCCAGAAACAGCCAUUGCUAACAAUAAUGCAGCACAGCAAGCUGGAAGGGCUAGAUAUAUCAGAACAUACUUCUGA